AUUAUGUACUGCUACGCCGCCCCAGCUAUAAGCCGCGAGGAUUCAAUAUUCGGGAAUGGUAUAGUCUUAACGAACCUGAUUUUUUUUUUUCAAUUUUCAAUUUGGUCAUCGCCUGACCCUAGCUCCAUUUUUAACAGACAGGCCUUGUUUCUCCCCAAUACCCGCUGGUGUAGUCUCUAAAGCUUCUGAUAUGCAUGAUCUAUACUGAACCCUGAUUUUGUGUGGCCGUACAAUAUAGAUUGAGGCAUGUUGCUGAACGAAGACCCUACAGCGAAUCAUAUAAGAAUUCCUGCUGCCCCCGCUUUCGUCCCCUUGCAAGCGCCAAAACCUUGCGUCCGGAUAUGCCAGUGUGGUCUCGUUUUACCACAAGAUUUUCCAUGGAUAGUUUGUGAUGACUGCCAGUUACCGCUCAGAGCCCGACGUAUUCCUUCCCUCAAACAUACUCUCUUUGUAAACCAAAAUGCGAUGACCCUUGGACAAGCUGGACAGUUCUUUUCGACAUGUAUUUCGUGCCAAAUGACUGUAGAAGGACCAAGAAUCACCUCAACCUCUUACACACCCUGCCCUGCAUGUCGAACGAGGCAAGAGGGCAUAAAACUGAAGCCUACAAGGCGCACUAAUCCGCACACACCGUCACUCCUCCCACCCACAUCGCCACCCUGCGACUCUUCCCGCCCGUGUUUCUUCAACUCCCGUGGAGAAAUUGUUGCUCCUUCCCCUGUCCCUGUUGGUGUGGCGCCCGUGACGCCCAUGCGUGUGUGCAUGCGCUUCGGCUGUGGAGCGCAACUGGCGCCCAACCAACUUCUCAACUUUUGCGAUGUGUGUCUGCGGUUGGGAUUUGGCCGUGGAGCACCUGCACUACCCCCUGCCCCCAAGUCCCUUCCGAAGCGCAUGAGACGGGACGAACUUCCCUCUGAUGUGCUCAUCUCGAAGGUCAAGGUAAAGUCGUUUUCUAUAUUCUUCUGUCUGGAAUGCAGUUGAAACAUGGCAAUUUGAAGCGGGAUAUAGAUACUGCACAGGAGGCCGAGGCCCUUGUACAGCCCCCACAGGAAACGUUUGCGGAAUUUGGUGCACGCAACGAUGAUGAUUUGGACCUUGAGUUGAUGUAUCCUGAGGUUAGUGAGAUGCGAGGUUUUUUUUCGACAUCACUGUGUCUGAGCUGCCAAGUAGGAUGAGGAGCUUGCAGCACAAGAUUCUGUAGACUCGACAUCGAAAGCUGUUGGUGAUGAUGUCCCACCUCCAGGUGCUGUCCUAGAACGUGGGCCUUCGCGGCUUUCACCCUUAGUCCUCAACACUACCGCUCGUUCUCCAAGCCCUCAGCUAGUCCAAGUCAGUGAUGCUCAAUUACUGUCUAA